AUGGAGUCAUCGUCCUCCGUGCGAUGCCUCGAGUACACGCAGUCAGGGGAUCUGACCAAUGUGACCUAUCCCCUGCCAAACGCUGAUAUCAAUGGAGUUGGGGUUCUCGUCGCCUUUCUGUUCCCUGCCUAUCUAUCAUGGCUGGGGGCCAUUCUUUUGUACAUCGGCGGACUCACCUCGCAAGAUCUACUCAGUGAUUUCGAUAUCCUUUACCUCCAAAUCCAAGAUCGCACGAAUAACAAGUGGCACGGCGAGUUCCACAUUGCCAUAUUGACGCUGAGCGCCCAGCAGUUGGUCACUGGAAUCGGGAUCCUUGCUGCGGCAUUUGCCACCCUGUCGACCGCGCUGGUCGCCGACUUUCAUACGAUCAUCUAUCUGGCCUGGAUGUCCUCGAACGGCUAUCUCGCGACCCUGACCCUACUCCGCGAUUAUCUGCAACACAAUCCGGCGAUCCGCGCCAUGAAACUGCUCACCAUGGUGACAUUGCUCGCCAUGCUGUGCGUUGCCAUCUUCCCCACCACCAACUUUGAAUGGGCGGAUCAUAUUCUAAUUCAACCGGCGUGCGCGAAUGCAUCCUCAUGCGUAGCCCUGGAAACGGAGGUCCUGCCGAUGUGGCGGAUCGCCAGCCGCACCAACCUGCAAGGCAUGCUGAGUCCGCAGGGGGUCAUCUCAUAUUUCCUCCUGAUCGUCAGCUAUACCUGGCAAGCGGCGAUGCUCUUCGAACCGACGCAUCGCCGCACGGGUCGAAUCAUACGGACCCCGCUGCGCUGGCUGGCGCAAGCGCUCCAUGGCGCCGCGCGGCGACGAUUAGCCCCCCCGCACCGUCACCUCCACGACAUCCACUACCGCCUCCUGCUGGGGAUCUAUCUCUUUCUCACAGCCUCUCUCGACUUCAUCGGCUCCUUCGCGUGCUUCCUCGGCAUUGUGACGGUGAGCUUCGCGUGGGCGAACUUCGAACUCCUCCUUCCGCGACUCCACGUCUUCCCUAACUGCGUGCGGCAGGCCCUCAAUCAAUGGGAUUUUGGCCAGAUCCUCCCCCUCUUGCUCCUGCUCAGCUCCUUUUACAGUUUCAUCGAGCACUAUCUUCACGAAAGGGGGAUGAAGCCGACGAGCAACAACAACAACAACAAGCCCACUGCCCCGCCGGCGAUGUCCCCCACACCGAUUAUAAAGUCCACCACCGGUGUCCCCUUCGCCUCGUCUUCCCCCCGCCUCUCCGAAAUCUUCCUCCAGUAUGACCCUUCGCGAGCAGAAGCUCUCCAGGCUACGGUCCAGCGCCAACUCUACGCCAUCCCGUAUUUCAAGGUCCUCCUAGGCCUGUUCUGUCUUCUGGCCGUGGGCGCCGCGGUCGGCUAUUUUGCCGAGACGAUCAUCGCGUUGACGGGGCCGAGUGAGCCGUACUCGUGGUCCACCCGGGACUGGCAUCUGCUUCCGGAUGUCGUCGCGGCCACGGCGGCGACGCUAGGGAUCUUGGUGGUGGCGUUCCUAGGUCCUUUGUGA